AUGGCGGGCAUGUCGAGGAAUACCGCCUCAAAUGGACCCAAGUCGGCCAAGGCGGCCACCAAGGUCGUCAAAACACAAAGAAAGACAAAAUCCACACCCUCGAGUCGACGACACCACUUCGAAGGUUUCGCCCAGAGAAUCUCCAAGAUGAAGAUCGAUCCCAUUCGUCGCACUCGUCGCGGAGUUGGAGCAGAAGGUGCACAUGAACUGGAAGGAGAGGCUUCAUACUUCCGUACUGCCCUGGACGAGUGGAAGGACCUCAACCUCUCCGAAAACUUCACAGCCUUCGCCAAAAAUGUCUACAACAUUUCCGACAGCCUACCCAUGGUCAUUUUUCACGAGGAGACCAUCAUGGACAACCUAAUCACAUACAUCACAAAGGGAGAUGUCAUGUCGCUCGAGCCUCUGCUAGCCCUCAUGUCACACUAUGCACACGACCUCGACGUCCGAUUCGAAAAGCACUUCCAAAGAGCCGUCGCAACUGUCGCACGUGUCGCAGCCACUAACCCAGAGCCCGAAGUCGUCGAGUGGGCCUUUACUUGCCUAGCCUGGCUCUUCAAGUACCUUUCUCGUCUAUUAGUCCCCGAUCUUAGACCGCUGUACGACCUUUUAUCGCCGUAUCUGGGAAAACAGAAGCAGAAGCCCUAUGUUAUUCGAUUCGCUGCUGAGGCGAUGAGUUUCUUGGUCAGGAAGGCGGGAACCACAUAUCACAAGAGCAGGGAGCCGUUGGAUACAAUUGUCGAGCAUAUGCUCAAUGACUUUGCCGCGAACGAGACUGCCUCAGAUGAUCUGUAUUCACAAGGUCUUAUGACAUUGUUUACAGAGUCUAUCAAGGGUGUACAAGGAACCCUCCAUUCAGGAGGAAAUACUGUUCUGCAGUGCUUGACCCGAUUCUGCUUCAAUGCUGACCACUCAGAAUUUCUCAAGGGCAGGUCCCUCCAAAUCUUGAGAGGUUCGCUGAUCAGUGUCGUACAUCAUACCACUCCAGAAACCUUCGAAUCUGUCCAGGAAGCAAUCUUCGACUUCACCGAUCCCGAUGGCCAGGAUGCAGUAAACAACCUAGAUGCGUCGAACACUCUUCUCUUCACUGCUGCAUCUGUUCGCAAAGGAAGCAGAAUCUCGGACUGGCAAACUUAUGCCAGGCGCGUAACGAGCAUGAUUCAGAAAGCCGACAAAGCCACUAAGGACAUUGAUUCAGAUACAUUGACUGCACUUCUCAACACGCUGGCCGUGGUACUUAAUUACGCACCUUUCGAUGCAGUUCUUCAAGAACUUUCCAUUCUCGACAUCAUCAGCCGAGGCAAGUGGGUUGCUCACUUCCUGCCNUUUUGCAACAUCUUUGCAGAGCUGAAUCAGGAACGUUUCCAAAGCUUUGUUCUGCCUAUCUUCCAGAAGUUCAUCGUCAACCAUUGGAAGGAGAACGAGAUGGCGCUCUGCGCAAUGCUUCCGUCUUUGUCUCGUAAGAACACAUUUGCGAAAAUGCCUUUGCAGUGCCCUCUAGAGUGGCAAAAGGUCAUGCUUCAACGUCUGAAGAAGGCUCAAGGAAAAUCGCCAUCGAAAGAUGCCGAGACACUACACAUGAGUAACGGCCAUCUCGCAGUAUUACGGAUCUCUCAGGGAGACUCAGAAACACGCAAGCAGAUUGCAGCCAGCAUUCUUCAGUUGUUGAAAUCCGCAGCAAAAUCAGCGUCUGCAGAUAUUGGAGGCUGGGAUCUUUUUGCUCUAGGUCAAGGCUUCCAAUACAUCUCAGACGAGUUUAGUGAAAGGUUGCAGGACAAGGAACUGGCAGAAGCGCUAUGCUCUGCCUCUACUCGAUGCAAGAAGCUUGUGCCUUACUGGACUGCCCUAAACUCAGUCCUCAAGAAGGCUGACAUUGCUUUCACUGGAGACCAGAUGGAAUCCCUCAUCGCUAACCUCAUUGACUGUUUGAAAACGCCCAGUCAUGACCUUAGACUUUCUGGCCUACGGAUAUUGCAAACUAUCUACGAGAAGAGACAACAAGAUGUACCGGAAUUACUAACUCAUGCUAUCUCGAUCGAAGACACCCCUCCAAGUGUACCAAAUGCACGUUUCAUAUCAUCCCAAAUUCGAAGACUGGCUCUCGGAUAUCCUGACAUCCUCUCUGAUCCUAUUCUAGCAAAAGCUAUCCCCACCUACUGUUUUGGUCUCCUACAUAUACAUCUCGCGCAAGCAUGGGAUGACUCCGUUGCAACGCUCAAGGAAAUGACUGAACACGGAAAUGCAGAGGAAAUCAUCACAAGCACUAUCACUCAGUGGCUUCAGGGUAAUGCUGAUGCGGAAGAAGAUACGACCCCAGCGGAGACAGUGCAGGAUAGGAGCAUCAGCCACGUCAGCUCUGAUUUCGAGUGUUCCAACAUGAACCAGAUUGAGAGGGAUAUUGAAAUCUCAGAAUCUCUCUUUGCGGACCUCAAUCAAGGAAUCGAGAACCAAUUCAAGAGAGAUCAUGUACAAAAGGUGGCAGCUUCUCUCUCUGAGCGGUCACAAGCUCUCCGCGCAUUAAAUUCCAUGCCGCAAUUGGCAGAGAAGCGAUCGCGACUCUUGGUUCCCGUAUUACUCGAGUGGGCUGGUGAUGAAACCGAAGAGCAGGAGCAAGAAGAAACUGGAAGCACGCGCCGUUGGGGCCGUAAAGACCAGAAAGCCAUGCUCGGCGUCUUUGCGCAGUUCCAAAAUCCUAGAGUGUUGUUCAAGGCAACCGAGGUUUACCAAGCUCUGCUGAACCUUCUUACGAACGGUGAUAACGAGAUCCAAAAGUCGACACUCAAGGCUAUUCUGGCUUGGAAAACUCCUAGUGUCAUCAAGUACCAAGAACAUCUGCUGAACUUCCUUGACGAUGCGAGGUUCAGAGAGGAGGUUUCUGUAUUCCUUCGUCUUGAAGAGGAGGGUGAUGCCAUUCGAAGUGCUGAUUGCCCAGAGCUCAUGCCAGUCUUGUUGCGUAUCCUAUACGGUAAAGCAGUAACACGAGCUGGGUCGGCCAGUGGUAAACGUGGACAACAAACCCGUCGUAAAGCCAUUUUCGUUGCUCUUGCUCGCUUCCCUGCAGAGAUCGUUGGACAGUUCCUGAGCAUCUCCCUCGGUUCAUUGGCCACUAUGGAACCUAUCCAGAAUGGUGAGCUGAAUCAGACGGCCGUGGACAAAUUUGCUGUCGCUCCAAGAAAGCAGGUUGGUCUGUUGAACAUGCUGGACGACAUGGUACAUACUCUCGGCAAUAGACUGGACCGCUAUGCAACAAAGAUUGCCGAUGCCGUUCUCCUCUGUCUGCUCAAAGCUUCCAAGUCGCAUACCGGUCUCAUCGACAGCGAUGAGGAGGCUCCGGUCGAGGAUGAAUCUCAGACUUCCCUCGAUCGUGCGAUUCGUCAAGCUGGCUUCCACUGUUUGAUCCAAGUCUUCUCUUCUUGCACUGAAGUCUCCUGGUACAACUACGCCAAGGUCGUCAUGAGCGAGUUGGUGGGCUCUCGUUUGGAGAAGCUCCCCAUUGAGACUGCGCAGUCUGUGUCAGCCUUCCUGCGUCUCUUCUCGACCUGGGCUAGCUCUUUGGCCACCUGCCACUAUCUGACAGAGUUCUUCCCUCAAACUCUUAAUGCUGUGGCGGACUGUCUUGUGGUGCCCAGCGCAAAGAACGAAGUCAAGUCAUUCAUCAUUGAGCACAUCAUCGGUCGUUUGUUGGACACCAUCCAGCCACGCCAAUCGAAGGAUGCCGACAUGAAUAUCGACACCACCGAGGAGCAGGACCAAGCACGUACAUCUAUACUAGGACCACGUGCAAGUCUAUUUGUUGUUAGACUCGGUGCUGUUCUGAGACAGAGCCCUCCCAAAGACAUCCUUGACUCAAGCGUUCUGUGUGUUUCCCGUCUCGCACCAUUGGUCACUGGAGUUGAGAACAUUCGCGAUGUUGUCGACGUUUCAAUCUUCUUGCUUGGCCAGCCUUCAAAGACUGUUCACUUUACCACCAAGCGUGAUCUGCUGCAAACAUUGUUCCAUCUUAUUCCUGGCGCCGAACUCAACAAGGACGAAGUUCGUUUCAACCAAGUCUACUCGACACUUUGCCCAUUGUUUGGCUACUUCAAAGAUCGUGAGAGCAGAGAGCUUCUUGCUGCUGUUGUUAAGCAGUUGGCCGACGAGAGGAAGGAGCUGUCUUACGUUGCUUCUUUGUGCGAGGACCUGAACUCCUUCUCGGCAUCGAGACUCGAUGAACCUGAUUUCGAGCGUCGUGCCAUUGCCUUCAGCACUAUCAAUGAAGAGAAGUACUCUACUUUCACUGCCAUGCAGUGGCAGCCAUUGGUUUACAGCAUGCUAUACUUCAUCCGAGACAACGAUGAGCUUGCCAUCAGAACUAGCGCCUCUUACAGUUUGAGAAGAUUUAUCGAGGUGGCAAGUGUAAACGGUGACUUCAAGGAUGAGGAUUUCAAAGCCUUGACCAUCUCAGGACUCUACAAUGGUCUGCAAGGUGGUAUGCGAGACCCCUCGGAAUUGGUUAGAUCUGAGUACCUCCAAGUUCUGGCUCACUUGAUCAAGCACUUCUCAUCCUGGGAUGCCGUCAAUGACAUGGCCAGUUUGCUUGUCGAGGGUGACGAGGAAGCUUCGUUCUUUAACAAUAUUCUUCACAUCCAGCAGCACCGCAGACUUCGUGCUCUGAGAAGAUUGUCUGAAGAGGCUCAUGCUGGUGUCAUCUCGAGCAACAACGUCAGCUUGUUCUUCAUCCCUCUUCUGGAGCACUUUAUUUUCGAUCCCGCUGGUGAUGACGGUGCUCACAACUUGUCUGCCGAGACCAUCAACACAGUGGGAGCUCUUUCUGGGUGUUUGGAUUGGCAGCUAUACAGGUCAACUCUGAGAAGAUUUGUCAGCUACAUCCAGAGCAAGCAGGAGCUCCAGAAGAUCGUACUCAGAAUCGUCAGCCGUGUCAUUGAUGCUCUGGACCGUGCUUCCGAAUCCGUUCGCAGCAAGAACACCAGCAUGGAGGUGGACGGCGAAACCGAGUCAACCACGAACGGUACCUCAGCCCUGAGCCCACUUGCUGCAACUCUACCCUCGGAGGAAAAGCUUUCCAAUGAGAUCAACAAGCAGCUCUUGCCUCCUUUGACUCAGUUCUUGCAUCUCAAAGAUGAGUCGACUGUCAGUUUGCGUGUUCCUGUUGGUGUUGCUGUGGUCAAGCUCAUUCGUGUGCUUCCUGUUGCCGAGCACGCCUUGAGACUUCCUACUGUACUCAUGGACCUUUGCCACGUUCUUCGUAGUAAAGCAGCUGAGGCUAGAGACAUGACAAGAAAGACUUUGUCUGAGAUUGUUGGUAUCCUUGGGCCAUCCUACUUCCAGUUCGUCAUCAAGGAAUUGCGCAGUUCUUUGCAGCGUGGUUACCAACUUCAUGUCAUGUCUUUCACCAUGCACUCAAUCCUAGUCGACAACAUCAACUCUCUAGAGGCUGGUGAUCUCGACCACUGCAUCAACGAUAUUAUUGCUGUUGUCAUGGACGACAUCUUUGGUGUUGCCGGUCAGGAGAAGGAUGCUGAAGAGUACAUUAGCAAGAUGAAGGAAGUAAAGAGCAGCAAGAGUUAUGACUCUGCUGAACUCGUCGCAAAGAUCACCACCACAUCCCAUCUUGGCGACUUGAUCAGACCCAUUCAGUCUCUGUUGCUUGAGAAGCUGGACCUCAAGACUGUCAAGAAAAUCGAUGAACUUCUUCGUCGCAUUGGUCUAGGCGCAAGUCAGAAUCCGGCAGUCAAGGACAGAGACAUUCUUAUCUUUGGUUACGAGAUUAUCCAGAAGGUCUAUGCUGCCACUGCCGAAGCCAAGACUCGCCCUGUCAUGGAGGAUUACAAGAUCAGAAAAUACCUCAUUCAGAUGCAGAGUGCCAACAAGUCUGGCAAGAAGGGAGCAACUAGCUCGUACAUCUUCAAGCUUACUAGGUUCGCUCUGGAUCUUGUUCGCGCUGUCUUGCAGAAGCAUGAUGAGCUCAAGACUCCGGCAAACCUUGCUGGCUUCUUGCCAAUUUUGGGUGAUGCAUUGAUCGGUGGUCAAGAGGAGGUCCAGAUGGCAUCGGUCCGUCUGCUCACUUCUAUCAUCAGAGUUCCAUCGCCGCAAAUCGUAUCAAAUGGUCCAGUCUACGCAGCAGAAGCAGUCAAGAUCCUCAGAGCUGCUCCCUCGACCAUCACCGAGUUGGCUCAAUCGUCGCUGAAACUGAUCUCAGCCAUCCUUCGCGACAGACCAGACAUCAAGAUCAAGGAGAACGACAUGGCCUAUGUGCUCAAGAGGAUCAAGCCCGAUCUGGAGGAACCUGAUCGUCAAGGUGUCAUAUUCAACUUCUUGAAGGCUGUCGUAGCGCGCAAGAUUAUCAUCACUGAGGUCUAUGAAGUGAUGGAUUCUGUUGCUGCAAUUAUGGUGACCAACCAGACGCGCAGUGCUAGAGAUCUCGCUCGUGGUGUUUACUUUGCAUUCAUGAUGGAGUAUCCUCAAGCGGGCAGUCGCUUGAACAAACAGAUCGCGUUCUUGGUCCAGAACCUCGAGUACAAGUAUGUCGAGGGAAGACAGUCUGUGCUUGAGUUGUUGCAUUUGUUGCUGGCCAAGACUCAAGGAGAUCUUGUCCAAGAAUUGUCGAGCAUGUUGUUUGUGCCAUUGGUCAUGAUGAUGGUUAAUGACGACUCUCCGGAAUGCCGCGAGAUGGCUGGCGCAUUGAUCAGCAAGAUUCUUGAGCGUGCUGACGAAGAACGCACAACGAACUUUGUCACUUUGCUGCGCACGUGGUUGGAGCAGGAUGAGCAAUUGCUGCUUCGUCGCAUUGCUUUGCAGUGCUGGACUAUCUACAUCGGACACGGCAAGGCAAGUGCCAAGGAGACUUCCUUCCUGUUCAAGCAAGUGUCCAAGCUUUUGAACCCUGAGGAUGUCGAGACUGAAGACUGGGAGUUGCUGUACUAUGCCUUGCAGGCAUUUGCAAAGAUGGCAGAGAUGGCACCUUCCACUUCUCUAGCACCUGCCGCCAAACCUUCCUGGACAAACAUUUUCAAAUGUCUUGUUUUCCCGCAUGCGUGGGUCAAGCUUUCUUCUGCUCGUCUUGUCGGUUUGCUGUUUGCAGAUAUGGGCAACUGUGCUUCCAAGACCGAGCAAGGUCUUGCUGCUUUGCCUUUGUAUACAAACAGCAAGAUGGAGGUUACUGCGAAGGAGCUUCACGAGUUGUGUGCUGCUGGCUUGAGAACCCUGCGUUUCAGCAAUGUCAGUGAACAGUUGGUCGGCCAGACAGUUCGUAACUUGAUCUUCUUGGGUCGUUGUUACAGUGCCGAUAACGUGGACUGGGAGCACCCCACGCCUUACACCAGAAACGGCGUUGCAGCAACUGCUCAAGAGGACGACGAGCAAGAAGACGAAGAGGACGAAACAGCAGAUGCAGAAGACGAAGACGAGGAAACUGCCUCUACUUCUGCACCUACAACAGCACUUCAUCACCUGCUGUCUCGCCUUUCAGCACUCAUCCGUCGCGAUGAUGGUGCACCCACUGCAUCAGUCUUAUCCGCAAAGACCGGUGCUCUCCAAGCCAUCGCCUCGCUCUGCAACAUCCUUCCCUCUACCCACAUCUCUCCAUCUCUCCCCUCAAUCCUCACCCCCAUCUACCUGCUCACCGACGCCUCCAUCGCCGCCCCACGCCUCGCCACCGAGUCCCUCCAAAAAUCCUACCAAGACCUCAAAGCCUUGGCUACAGAAGUGGCCUCCUUGCUCCAAAAGAAACUCGGCAGCACUGAUUACGUGGUUGCCAUGAGAGGAGUUCAAGAACAGGUUAGAGGUAGAAGAGAAGAGAGAAGAAGAAAGAGAAGGAUUGAAGCUGUUAGUGCGCCUGCUAAGUAUGCGGCUGAUAAGAGGAGGAAGCACGAUAUUACCAAGGCGAAGAGGAAGGAGAAGAGUGCGGAGGCUAGGGGUAAGAGGAGAGGGUGGUAG